CAUGGGUGGUGGAGGAGGUGCUGCUUACCACAUGGGUGGUGGAGGUGGAGGAGAUGCCGCUUUCCUCAUGGGAGGUGGCGGUGGAGGAGGAGGGUUCGGGAUGGUCAACGGUGAUGCUGCCGGCUUCGGUAAGGGCGGUGGGGGCUUUGGUGGGGAGAAGGGCGUCUUCACAUCGGGCAUAAACGACCAGCAACAAAUGCAGACGCUGAACGAUCGCCUGGCGACUUACCUGGACAAAGUGCGAUCGCUGGAGAAGACCAACAUGCAGUUGGAGGAGAAGAUACGCGCGUUCACCUCCACCCAGGAGUUCUCGACGCACGACCUGCAGGCCUACGACAACCAGCUGAUUCCCCUGCGCCAGAAGCUAUUGGCGCUAUUUGUGGAGAAUUCGCGAGUUGUUCUUUCAGUCGACAACAUAAAGCUGACCAUGGACGACUUCAGAACCAAGUUCGAGUCUGAGCUGUCCCUGCGCCAGACCAUAGAGGCUGACAUCGCCAGCUUGAGGGGGCUCAAACGCGAGUAUGACGCUGCCAACGCCGACCUCGUUAACGAGCAUAAGGCCCGGGAGCAGGAGAGGGCACACAUGCAGAAUGUCCACCAAGAGGAUGUUGUGAUGAUACGUGGGAAGGUGGCGGGGACAGUGAACGUGGACAUGAAAGCGGUGGAAGGCAUCGACAUGGCGCGUGUCCUGACCAACCUGCGGGCCGAGUACGAGACCAUCAUGCAGAAGAACCGCCGCGGCGUGGAGGAAUGGUACACCAAGCAGGUGGAGCUGAAGCAGUCUUCUGUGGUUAACGAGGAAGCAGUGAGCACAGGGUCAGAGGUCAGGGGGAUCCGGAGCCAAAAUAUGGAGCUAGAGUCCCAGCUGGACACCAUGCUGAGAAUGAAGGGUAACCUGGAGCAGCAGCUUCUGGAGAUCGAGGGUCGCUACCAGUCCAUGCUCAUCUCCUACAGCCAGUCGGCCGCGGGGCUGGAGGGGGAGUUGGCCGCCCUGCGGGCCAACGCCAUGAAGCAGGGCAAUAACUAUGAGGUGCUGCUGGGCAUCAAGGUGCACAUGGAGCAGGAGAUCGCCACCUACAGGGCACUCCUGGAAGGCACCGCCAACAUGAGCAACACGGUUUCCCUGAAAUCGACGUCGUCGUCGUCAUCCGUGAGCGCAGGGGCGGGAGUCAAAAUAUCCGGUGGAUAUGGAGCCUCUUCGUCGCUUUCCUCCGUGUCUUCCCCCACUUCCUCAUCCACCACGACGAGAGUCGUCACCCGGACGGUGGUGCAGGAGUCGUCCCCUGUCGUCACCGCGGGGAAAUCGAUCACCGUUUCCUCCGUUGGCGGCGGGGCAGGGCUGGCGGGAGGGGCAGCAUCAGCAGCGGCAGCGGGAGGGAGCAUCACCAGGACGGUGAUCACCUCCGGUGGAGGAGGUGGAGAAGUGUCGGGUGGCGGAGCGAGCAUGACCGUGAACAGGUCCAUUGUCACUUCGUCCUCCGGUGGGGGUGGGGUGACGAUGUCAUCAGGAGGCACUGUGUCUGGAGGAGAGACUGUGGUCGUAAAGACAAGCCGAGUGGAGAGCUCCUCAUCAUCAGGUGGCACAACGGUUUCAGGAGGUGGAGCCAUGAUGUCAGGAGGUGGAGCCAUGAUUUCAGGAGGCGGAGCCAUGAUUUCAGGAGGCGGAGCCAUGAUGUCAGGAGGUGGAGCCAUGAUUUCAGGAGGUGAGGCCCAAAUGAUGUCCGGAGGUGGAGCCAUGAUUUCAGGAGGCGGAGCCAUGAUGUCAGGAGGUGGAGCCAUGGUGUCAGGAGGUGGAGCCAUGGUGUCUGGAGGAGAGACCGUGGUCGUAAAGACAAGCCGAGUGGAGAGCUCCUCAUCAUCAGGUGGCACAAUGGUUUCAGGAGGUGGAGCCAUGAUGUCAGGAGGUGGAGCCAUGAUUUCAGGAGUUGGAGCCAUGAUUUCAGGAGGCGGAGCCAUGAUGUCAGGAGGUGGAGCCAUGAUGUCAGGAGGUGGAGCCAUGAUUUCAGGAGGUGGGGCCCAAAUGAUGUCAGGAGGUGAGGCCCAAAUGAUGUCUGGAGGCGGAGCCAUGAUGUCUGGAGGCGGAGCCAUGGUGUCAGGAGGUGGAGCCAUGGUGUCUGGAGGAGAGACCGUGGUCGUAAAGACAAGCCGAGUGGAGAGCUCCUCAUCAUCAGGUGGCACAAUGGUUUCAGGAGGUGGAGCCAUGAUGUCAGGAGGUGGAGCCAUGAUUUCAGGAGGUGGCGCCCAAAUGAUGUCAGGAGGUGGAGGCAUGAUGUCAGGAGGUAUGAUGUCAUCGGAGACUGUCCAAAUAUCAUCAGGUGGCUCAUUGGUGUCAGGUGGUGGGGCAGGAAUGAUGUCAGGAGGUGAAGGCAUGAUGUCCAGUGGCGGUUCCAUGAUAUCUGGUGGCAUGAUGUCAUCAGGUGGCACCAUGAUGUCAGGAGGUGGAGCCCAAAUGAUGUCAGGAGGUGGAGCCCAAAUGAUGUCAGGAGGUGGAGGCAUGAUGUCCAGUGGCAUGUCUUUAGACGGUUCCAUGAUAUCUGGUGGCAUGGUGUCAUGUGGUGGCUCUGAAAUGAUGUCAUCAGGUGGAGCCAUGUCAGGCGGCAUGAUGUCAUCAGGUGGCUCCAUGAUGUCAGGAGGUGGAGCCAUGAUGUCAGGAGGUGGCUCUGAAAUGAUGUCAUCAGGUGGAGCCAUGAUGUCAGGAGGUGGAGGCAUGGUGUCAUGUGGUGGCUCUGAAAUGAUGUCAUCAGGUGGAGCCAUGAUUUCAGGAGGUGGGGCCCAAAUGAUGUCAGGAGGUGGAGGCCAAAUGAUGUCAUCAGGUGGAGCCAUGUCAGGCGGCAUGAUGUCAUCAGGUGGCUCCAUGAUGUCAGGAGGUGGAGCCAUGAUGUCAGGAGGUGGCUCUGAAAUGAUGUCAUCAGGUGGAGCCAUGAUGUCAGGAGGUGGGGCCCAAAUGAUGUCAGGAGGUGGAGGCCAAAUGAUGUCAUCAGGUGGAGCCAUGUCAGGCGGCAUGAUGUCAUCAGGUGGCUCCAUGAUGUCAGGAGGUGGAGCCAUGAUGUCAGGAGGUGGCUCCGAAAUGAUGUCAUCAGGUGGAGCCAUGAUUUCAGGAGGUGGAGCCAUGAUGUCAGGAGGUGGGGCCCAAAUGAUGUCAGGAGGUGGAGGCCAAAUGAUGUCAUCAGGUGGAGCCAUGGCAGGCGGCAUGAUGUCAUCAGGUGGCACCAUGAUGUCAGGGGGAGAAACGAUGUCCAUGUCUGGUGGCUCAAUGUCAUCCUCCACCAGCUUCUCCUCUUAGAAGGCCCCCCUCUCGUGGCGUGGUGGCCACGGUAACGAUGGAACCUCUGAGUGUUCUGAGAGACACCCUUUGUCUUAACAACGGAACUCCCCUCUGGACAGAAGAAACCGCCAUUGAGUCUGCUUGCUGGUGAUACCUCUUUUUAAAUCCCACUUUAUAUUAAGUGCCCUUAUAAUAGUAUGCUGCCUGAACGAUGUUAAGUGCCCUUAUAAUAGUAUGCUCCGUGAACGAUGUUAAGUGCCCUCAUUACAGCGGACUUACGUGUGUAAUAAAGAAUAUUCUGUCCUUCACAGCAAAGUACACAUUAGUAUCCCUUUUAUUGGUGUCACAUGUCACUAUCCCUAACCCCAUGACACCAUGUCACAGAAUCUACUAAGAUUGAAAAUGACACUAUACCUCUUUGGCAUUGAGGAUAAAGUAUUAAGGACUAAGGCACAUAAAAGGCACUUCAUAUUAAGUGGAUCCCACCUUUCUCACUGGCUUUCAUAGUCACUGUAUCGUUCUUUAUCAAGCAAUUUGCAUUAUAGAGUAUAAAACUAUGUGCCAUGAAACAUUUCUUAAGAAAUUACUUUCUUUUUGACACAUGGCAGUGGCUUUAAAAUAAAUAAAUAAAUAAUCAACUACUGGGUGACGGACACAGAAAGUAUAGCGGGAAAUGUUAUAUUCUAGUUAAAUGUUGAUUUGUCUUUAAGACGAAAGAUCUGGGGCUCAGUUAAAUAUUUCAUGUAAGCUCCACUUAAAUGUUCUUGUUGCUAUGGUUAAGAGUUUUUGUUGCUAUGGUUGAGAGUUUAAAUGUUAAGGGCAUACCUCAGAGAGAAUAUGUUCUGGUAUGUUCCUAUUUUAAUGUUAAAAUAUGGUUCUGAGCUAUCAUGUAAAACAUUGCUCUCAUUUUACAUUUCUGAACAAAUGGGAUAAAAUAAGGGCACAAAAAAACAGUAAAAAAAUAAUAUAAGAAAAAAACCUGUCUUUGUUUUUCUCUGUUUUCUGUGUUGAAACACUAUCUUCCUUUAAAUGGUGAUGCCAAUAAAGCGUAUUGAAUUGACCUAAUUCAGACAUACACAACACAUACACCAUUUACCAUCUCUCUGCAUAGACACACACACAUACACACAAUUUUCUCUACAUACUGCUCUUCGGAACGCUACAUAUAUUCCUGCGCGUUUAUUAUAUUCCAAGGUUGUUUUUUUUCUUUCUACCUUUAAUCUUAUUGCUGUGAUGGAUGACAAAAUGAAGACAAAUGAAUGUGGAAAGUAAUAAACACCUCACUGAACUUUGAA